AUGGUGGGUCCCACCAACUAUUCAAGUUGCAACCACUUCCAAUUUUCCUCCGACUCCCCAAAUCCCCCCACAAAUCACAAAGCAGCCUCCCCCUUGUAUUUUCAAAAUUUUCGAAAACUCAGCUCAAACCCUAAUCCCCAAAUUUGUUCUCCAUCCACAUACAUUCUUCCUACAGAGAAACAAGAAAUCGACACCGGCAUUAUGAUAUCAUCAGGACCUCGAAUCGGCGACGCUUCCGACCUCCAAGAGGCUGCAGAGGAAGAGGAGGUGCUAAAGCUGGAAGAAGAAGUUCACCAAAUGGCUCAGAAAAUACUCGAAUAUCGAACCACACUCCCGGAGCAGUUCAGCUCAACCCUUCGGUCUGUCCUCGCAUCGGCUAGACCCGUUUUACCGACCCGUUUAACAGACGAAAGGACCGGCCCGGAAACCCCAAUGCUGCUGCCAGACUCAGAAGCCGGAGUUAGCCAAGCUCUUACAAGGGAAAACACGGAAUUAUCGAUCACAGAGGAUAAGGAAGAAGCUGAGAAAAUGCAACUCCUAAAACAAAAGCUCUCUAGCAAUACUGCUGUUCUGCCUGCUGUACUGAACAGGAUGAAAGAGUAUAUGGCCAGGAUUGAUAAGUUAGAAUCGUCUAACUUAAUCAUCCACCCUGCCUUUAAGAGGAAACCAACUGGUUAG